ACGGUCACACUAUUGGAAUUGGCUAUUUUAUUUUGCAGAAGAUAAUGUGGGUUGCGAGGGAAAAAUGAGCAAGCCCGUGAAUAAAAGCAAGGAAGUGGCUGCAUCCUCCGCCAGCUUGAAGAGGAUUAGCGAGAAGAAGCUAGAGGCUUUCACAGUGGGCACCUUCUCUAAAAGACAAUUGUCCAAAAAGGAGAUCGAGGACCAGAAGAAAAAGGAGGAUGCAGCGGCAGCGGCACAUGCCUUCAAAGAGUUCGUGGAGACCUUCCAAGAUGCCCCCACGCCCUCCUCCAAAGUCUGGGUGAAGGCCGGCACCUACGAUGCGGGAUCCCGGCGGGAGGACAAGUCGGAGAAGGGCAAGCUCUACAAGCCCGUGUCCAAGCUGCUGGACAAGAGCAGCGCCGACAAGGUGGAGGAGUACGCCAAGACCCUCGCCUCGGAUCUCAAGAAGGAGGCGACGGGUCCGCUGAAGAAGAAGAACCAGGAGAAGAAAAAGAGCAACUUGGAGCUGUUCAAGGAGGAGCUGAGACAAAUCCAGGAGGAGCGCGAGGAGCGGCACAAGUACAAGCAUUUGGCUGUUUCCCAUGCUCCGCCUGCCCAGCAACCGGCGGCGGCGGCUUCAUCCGCUCCAGUGGCCAGCAGCAGUGCCUCCACCACCUCGCAGGCUUCUAAUAGCUCCAAGGAGUCGGGCUCCUUCGACACCGGCGAUCCGAAUACCACCAACCUGUAUCUGGGCAACCUGAACCCCAAGAUAUCCGAGCAGCAGCUCAUGGAGAUCUUCGGGCGCUACGGUCCGCUGGCCAGCAUCAAGAUCAUGUGGCCGCGCUCCGAGGAGGAGAAGCAAAGGGGUCGCAAUUGCGGGUUCGUAGCCUACAUGAGCCGCAAGGAUGCGGAGAGGGCUUUAAGGACUCUAAAUGGGCGGUACAUUAUGGGCUACGAGAUGCGCCUGGGAUGGGGAAAGACCGUGCCCAUCAUGAACACGCCCAUCUUUGCACCGCAAGCUUUGCUGGAGAUGACCCUUCCACCUCCUCCAUCGGGUUUACCCUUCAAUGCCCAACCGCCGCCAAGUGAGGCAGAUGUUUUGCCCAAGAAGAACUACAAGGAGUUCGACCAGGAAGAGGACAAGGAAAAUAUGGAGAGGAUACUGGCCAAAUGCGUGGUUAAAGUUCAUAUACCCACAGAGAAGGCCGUUCUGAACGUAAUUCAUCGCAUGAUCGAGUUUGUUAUACGCGAGGGUCCAAUGUUUGAGGCCCUGAUCAUGAUUCGCGAAAUGGAGAACCCGCUGUUCUCGUUCCUCUUCGACAACGAGAGUCCUGCGCACAUCUACUACCGCUGGAAGCUCUUCUCCUUGCUGCAGGGCGAUACUCCAAACGAAUGGCGGGAGGACGAGUUCCGAAUGUUCAAAAAUGGGCCGGUUUGGCGGCCCCCCAUCGCCAAUUUCUACACUCAGGGCAUGCCGGAUGAGCUAGUCGUCGAUCCUGAUGCUCCAGUGGUCCACAAAGGAGCCUUGUCCAAUGCUCAACGCGAUCGUCUGGAGGAUCUGAUCAGACAACUGACGCCGGAACGCUCGCGCAUUGGCGAUGCCAUGAUCUUCUGCAUUGAGCAUGCAGAUGCUGCUGAUGAGAUAUGCGAAUGCAUCGCCGAAUCUUUAUCCAAUUUAAAUACGCUGGCCUCUAAGAAGAUUGCUCGCCUUUAUCUGAUCUCAGAUAUACUGCACAACUGCACGGUUAAGGUGGCCAAUGCCUCGUUUUUCCGCAAGUCGGUGGAAAAGCAGCUGGUGGAUAUCUUUGAGAAUCUGCAUAAUUACUACCAGAACAUUGAGAGCCGAUUGAAAGCGGAGGGCUUUAAAUCCCGAGUCUGCAAUGUAAUUCGCACCUGGGAGGAAUGGACCAUCUAUCCCAAAGAGUUUAUGGCUCAGCUGACGGCCAAGUUCCUCGGGAAACCAUACAUCAUGCCGGUGAGUUCUUCACCGCAAGCCGAGGAAACGCGUUCGGAUGAGGCGCUGGACGAAGAUAUCGACGGUGCCCCGCUCUCGGGAGAUGAAAAGGACGAUGAAGAUCUGGACGGCGUGCCCUUAGAUGGAGCUGCUCUGCUCAAGAGCGCCUUGAAGCGGGCCAUUCCCGACGCAGAUGCCGCCACUCCAAAGCGGGAAACACCCAGAAGAGAUGAAUAUCUCGAUGAAAUUGAUGGCAUACCUUUUGAUGAGGACCUCGAUGGCAUUCCGCUGGAGAAGGAAACCAAACCCACGGCCAAAAUGCCCGGUUUUAUACCCUCCAAGUGGGAGACGGUGGAUCCCCAGCAAGUAGAAGCGCAGGCGAUUACUACCAGCAAGUGGGACACUCUCGAUCCGCCGGAUCCGCCCAAGUUCUUCAGCUCGGACGAGGACAGCGACGAUGACAACUCGCAGAAAUUCAGCGACGAGAAGCGACAAAAGCUGAGGGACAUUGAACUGAAGGCUAUACAGUAUCAGGAUGAACUGGAGUCGGGAAAGAGGCGUUUAGAGCCAGGAUGGACUGUGUCCGAACAGGUGGAAUACUUCCGCAAGCGGUUGCUCAAGGACUCGAGAUCCGAGUCUACGGUAGACUCCCCGCUGAGCUACUUGCACUCCAAAUCCAAGGGCUCUAAAGUCAGCGAGAGUCCAGCCCAGUUUGUUCGCAAACGAUCGCAUUCACCCUACUCCGCUGGAGAAACAAAACGCAGGGAUUAUUCGCCGGAAACCUCGCGCUCCUCCAAGUCAUCCAAACGCAACCGAUCGCGCAGUCCCUCUGGAUCCCCCAAGCGCUACGCAGAGCGAUCUUCGCGCAGUUCCCGGUACGAGAGUCCCGCUGCCAGUUCAUCCCGCUCGCGCUCCUCGCGUCGAGAGGAGCCACCUUCUCCUCCGCGACACCGCAGCGAUAAGCACAAGCACAAGCACAGGCACUAGACGAUUCGCAUUUGAUUAAACAUUGAUUCUACAUAAAAACACACUCGUCGUUUGCUCUAAAUACACAGUAUAUAUAUAUAUUUUAAA